AUGCCCCUUUUCCAUGAUCCUGAUCGCCGGGGCCAGCACCACUGGUCUGGUGACCAUAACCAGUCCGAGCAGCCUGUCCCAGGCUCCUCUCGGGAUCAGUCUGGAGAAGACGCCUACCGCGGACGCCACAUCGAGGAGCCGCCCGGGAUAGCUCGGGAGUCGUCUCCUACGGAGCUCUUUCCGGCCAAAUUCUGGACCAACGACCGGCAGGAGCUCAUACAGCGAAUCAAAGAAUCAUCGCCCUGGAGGCUGCAAUAUAAGAAGCCGCAGGACAUCGGCUCCAGUGAGGCCUAUAUGCAUCAUAGUCCCUUCCCGCCUCUCAACUCGCAGGCCGACGAGCGGGAUGUAGAGCAGGUCUCAGAGGAUCACAACGGCAUGCAAAAAACUGAGGAGCUGGGCUCGCCGGCCGAUAUCCAACGUCCUCGAUCCGCACUACACUCUGGCGACUUCAGAGAAGGCUCUCCGCAUCACGGGCAACAAUCACGCCAAACCCGCUUUGAAGAGCAAAGCCCAAUUUCGCCAUUUCCUCGCGGUACCUCCCCCACGACCCCAUGGUUUGGAGCGUCCGCUUUUGAACCCGCUCCAAGACAAUUCAAUCUUUUUGCCGACCACCGUGGGCCAGAGCUAGCACUAGGAACGCGAUCCAGAGCACCGUCGCUUGGAUCGUUCUCAUCCAGUUACGUUCUCAAGGCCCCAACCAGCCCUCUUGUUCAUCAAGCCAACAACACCGAUCUGGACUUCUCGCCUCGUGUUGAGUCAUCGAACCUACCUGGCCCUCUGGAAAGGGCUAACCGACGACGAACACUUCCUCCGGAGACCUUCCGGCAUCUGCAAUCUUCGCCUCCUGCCCUGCGAGCGCCCAUAUUCCCAGGGGGAAAUGAUGGAUUGUUCCAGCCUCAUCAUUCGCCUCAUCGAUUAUUGACCUCGGCGUAUAGCCUACAACUUGCCUCAGCAGGAAAAACCCCUGCUUUCCGAGCAAGGCGGCCGUCUCUUGCCUCGGAGGUUUCUUCCAAGCCCCAUGCGCCGAUGGUCGGAUCGUACGAGGAAUCAAUUUUGCGUGGGCGGAUGUCUAUGAACCCUUCUAAACCGCUGGAUUUUACCGCUCAAAUUGGCGUUCUAGGAAAAGGCAACUGCAAAGGACAUCUCAAAUGCCCCCCGCACGUGACUGUGCCAUUCCCGGCUGUUUUCUACAGCUAUCCGACUUCGGGAAAUGGCCGUUCAAUCUCUGACGAUAGCCCCAGUCCUUAUGUAGGGCAGAUCGAUUUGGAGAAUUCGCUGUCCAAGGAUGAGUCGAGCACGACCCGGCGUCGUAAACGACAUUUCAGCCCGUCCAAGACUCAGGAAGGAAACGGUACGGACGAAAUGGGUGCACCUCGCACCUCGAACUCGGAGACGCGACGCCGCCGGGAGAAGAAGAACCGCAGAGCGGAAUCGCCUAAAUGUCCCCCGGGUGGGAGCUACCGAAUCCCCCAGCAAGGGCAACUACAGAUUAUCAUCAAGAACCCUCACAAGACCGCAGUCAAGCUGUUCCUUGUCCCUUACGACCUCAGUGAUAUGGAACCUGGCACGAAAACUUUCAUCCGGCAAAGAAGCUACUCGGCCGGCCCGAUAAUUGACAUGCCACUGAGCGUGCGAAAGAACUAUGGGACUGAUCGCCCGGAAGCGUCGUUGAAUGCCACAGAAAAUCCACAGGAUAAACCGAUCCUGCGGUAUCUCGUUCAUCUCAACAUAUGCUGCCCAGUGCGAGGGCGCUUUUACCUGCACUCGAGCAUUCGCGUUGUAUUUGCAAACCGAGUCCCGGAUGGCAAGGAGAAGCUGCGCAACGAAAUUCAACUGCCAGAACCUCGAUACAGCCCCUACAAACCUAUUCGCGAUAACACCCUUUCCACCUCUACCAGUGCUCGACUCGCGAUCGAGAAAGCUGCUCGCAGGCGGAGCGUAGGGCAGCGCACAAUUCCUGGCCUAGGUCCCUAUGUCUCCUCGCCGAGCGAUGUUCCCCUACAUUGGGAUGCAGCAGAAUCAAUGGGGUUCACGGGACCUUCAGCAAACUCCCACCACGCCAAAACAAUGUACAACAAACUCAAUAAAGGCGAUGUUGGUUAUGGAGGCUACCCUUAUCCCUCCGGCCAGGUCGGCUCCGAAAACGGUGAGAGCUUGCUUGCCAAGAGGCUUCGCGGCCUGGAUGUUCAUAAGCAAGAGACCUUCGACAAUAAUUGA